AUAAAUGUAAAAUGUAAUGUCCCUUGCUAUAGUCAUAUUUCUUUUCUCUCUAACCCAAUAAUCACCGAAGAGAGAGAUAUGAAGACACAAGAUACUCUCCCCUCAUCAUCUUCUCACCGUGAAAGCGAUAGCAAUGGUACCGAAAAACUCCAUGCCAAGGUCGUUGGCUGCAUGUCCGGCCUUUUCCAUGAUCCAUCUAGUCUCCAAUUACCACGGCCGCCGAAAAUUACUUACAUUCGGAAAAAGGCAAGCCAAAAACGAGCUUGUUCCUACUACUGCUACAAAGUCUUCUAAAUCCAUAGAUAAAGAAAAGAAGCAAAUCAGCUCAACAAACCCCUCCUCCACGAAAAAUGUCACCCAGAGACACUCCUGCGAGGUACCGAGGAGCCCUACUUUGCCUGCGGAGAUUAGGCGGUACUCAGUUAAUUCGCCGCAUAACUUCAAAUCAGCCUCACCAGCAGGCCUAGUAGCGAGGCUAAUGGGAUUGGAAGAGCCUUAUUCUUCAACUACUAAGUCCAUGAUAUUGUCGAAAGCUAACACUGUGCAGCAACAGCUGUCGGAAUAUUCAUCCGCCGCCGAAAAGCGCCGGCAACUUCUGGGCGCCUUGGAGAAAUGUGAUCGGGACUUGCAGGCUCUGAAGAAAAUCAUAAACGCCGUGCGAUCGGCGGAGCAAUUGCAGUCACCUACCGCUUCCGCCGCUGUGUUGAGAAACUCGGAUGGAGUUAAUAAAGGUUUGGAGGUUCAUAUUAACAACAAUAAUAAUCAUAAUGCUGACAAGCCGAGUCGGGUUUCAGUUCUUGACGAGUCCACUCGGUCUCCUCUGAGCAAUUUAUUUCAAUCAAAACGACAGUCGUUAAGUUACGGAAGAGUUCAACAUCAAGCAAGACAACAAAAAAGAAAAGGAGAAGAAGACUUCAUCAAUCCAAGCAUCUUUGAUAGAAUCACAUGUGAAUCUCUUCAUAGGAAGACAAUCGUUAGUAGUCCUGAUUAUUUACAUCGAGUGGAACCUGCAGCAGCAUCCCUUCCACCACCGUCAUCAUCGUCAUUAUGGACUAGUGAAGCCAUGAGAGAGAAUGUAGAAGAAGUAUCCAAAGACAUUGCUUGGGGAGAGAGGCGUGAAAUUGGAAGAAUAGGCUUAGCAUUGCAAGACCGAAUUUGCAGAGACUUAAUUGAAGAAAUUAUCACAGAUAUGGGUUCAAUAAACUUCUACAAUAACUUGUAUUCUCCACUGCCCUUUGAGGCAUGUAAGAGAAGACUUUGUUUCUAGUUCAUUUAUGUUUUGUGUGAGUUUUAAGAAAAGAAAGAAGGAAAAAGAAAAAAAAAACUUAUUGCUCUCUAAAUUACUUUUCAGCAUAGCAUACCAUUUUAAUUUUUUAUUAUUUGUUUUCAGG